AAAGUGGCUCCCAUAGGGAGAGACGGCGAGUCCGCCCGGCGCUGCGGGAGAGGGAGGGGGCACGGGGAGCCCCAGGGUCUCCCUCCGGCCGUCCGUCCGCGCCGCCGCCGCCGCCGCGGGUGCGCCCCUCUCGCUCCCUUUCCCGGCGUGCGCCCGGCUCUGGCAACUCGCUUCCUGCGCGGCUGGAGGAGGGAGGAGAGAGGAGAGGAGCGGAGAGCGCUUCGGCUGGGAGAGGAGAGAAGAAAGAGGGAGAAAAGAAAGAAAGAAAAGAGAGAGGGGAGAAAGGGGGGGGGGGACUUGCCUCUCUUGUCACUGGAAAAUGACACUUGAUGUAGCAGAGCCUGCCGCAGCUCCCGUUCGUCCUAUUGUUUCUUAAACUGCCAUCUGAGAUUUUUUUUCCUGCUGCCAUCCGAGGGGUGUCUUCAUACAAAAGGGACUUCAAGUACUCCUCCGGCUUGUGAGCGCUGCAACCAGCCCCCAGCACCCCGCUAGCCCCUCCAAGCACCCAAACAAACUGCACACGCAGCAAACAGCAGCAACAAAACCGGGCUCUGAUUGCCUCUGGAUUUUUUUUUUUUAAUGUCCGUGCCUGUGAUUGCUUUCUCCGACUUGCUUUGAUUCCAGAGAUCAGCAGCAGAGAGAGAAAAAGGAGAAAAGAAAAAACCCACAUAUAACAGUCCGCCUGGUGAUUUUAUCACUUUUUAAAAUUUCGAGUAAAGAAGGAAGAUUUGCGCUGUUGUUUCUGAUUCAUGUUUGGGAUUCAGGAAAGCAUCCAGCGGAGUGGGAGCAGCAUGAAGGAAGAGCCCCUCGGCGCGGGGAUGAACGCGGUGCGGACGUGGAUGCAGGGAGCCGGCGUCCUGGACGCCAGCACGGCCGCUCAGAGCGGAGUGGGUCUGGCCCGGGCUCACUUCGAGAAACAGCCGCCUUCCAACCUGAGGAAGUCCAACUUUUUCCACUUCGUCCUGGCUCUGUACGACCGGCAGGGGCAGCCCGUGGAGAUCGAACGCACCGCCUUCGUGGGCUUCGUGGAGAAGGAGAAGGAAGCCAACAGUGAAAAGACCAACAACGGUAUCCACUACCGCCUGCAGCUGCUCUACAGCAAUGGGAUCAGGACGGAGCAGGAUUUCUACGUGCGACUCAUCGACUCCAUGACCAAGCAGGCGAUAGUAUAUGAAGGCCAAGACAAGAACCCAGAAAUGUGCCGAGUUCUGCUCACGCAUGAAAUAAUGUGCAGCCGCUGUUGUGACAAGAAAAGCUGUGGCAACAGAAAUGAGACUCCAUCAGAUCCAGUGAUAAUUGACAGGUUCUUCUUGAAAUUUUUCCUCAAAUGUAACCAAAAUUGCCUAAAAAAUGCAGGAAACCCUCGAGACAUGCGUCGAUUCCAGGUCGUGGUGUCUACAACAGUCAAUGUUGAUGGCCAUGUGCUGGCAGUGUCGGACAAUAUGUUUGUACACAACAAUUCCAAGCACGGGCGGAGAGCUCGAAGACUCGAUCCCUCGGAAGGUACGCCUUCUUAUCUGGAACAUGCAGCUACACCAUGUAUCAAAGCCAUCAGUCCAAGUGAAGGAUGGACUACAGGAGGUGCCACUGUCAUCAUCAUAGGAGACAAUUUCUUUGAUGGGUUACAGGUCAUAUUCGGCACCAUGCUGGUUUGGAGUGAGCUGAUUACUCCACAUGCUAUCCGUGUACAGACGCCUCCCCGACAUAUCCCAGGGGUUGUAGAAGUCACAUUGUCCUACAAGUCUAAGCAGUUUUGUAAGGGAACGCCUGGAAGAUUCAUUUACACAGCUCUGAACGAACCCACCAUUGACUACGGUUUCCAAAGGUUACAGAAGGUUAUCCCCCGGCACCCUGGUGACCCCGAACGCUUGCCAAAGGAAGUAAUACUUAAGAGGGCUGCUGAUUUAGUAGAAGCACUCUAUGGUAUGCCACAUAAUAACCAGGAAAUCAUCCUGAAAAGAGCGGCAGACAUCGCAGAAGCUCUCUACAGUGUCCCCCGCAAUCACAACCAGCUCCCCGCCCUUGCUAACACAUCAGUCCAUGCAGGAAUGAUGGGAGUGAACUCCUUUAGUGGUCAACUAGCUGUCAAUGUUUCCGAAGCCUCACAAGCCACCAACCAGGGUUUUACUCGCAACUCAAGCAGCGUGUCACCUCAUGGCUACGUGCCAAGCACCACCCCUCAGCAGACAAAUUAUAACUCUGUCACAACAAGCAUGAACGGCUAUGGGAAUGCUGGAAUGUCAAAUUUAGGCGGUUCUCCAACCUUCCUGAAUGGAUCUGCUGCCAAUUCUCCCUAUGCCAUUGUGCCAUCAAGUCCGACAAUGGCCUCCUCCACUAGUCUCCCCUCAAACUGUAGCAGUUCCUCUGGGAUUUUCUCCUUCUCACCAGCCAACAUGGUCUCAGCAGUGAAACAGAAGAGUGCUUUUGCACCUGUCGUGAGACCGCAAACUUCUCCUCCUCCCACCUGCACCAGCACCAACGGCAACAGCCUGCAAGACCAGUCUUUUGUGGACUCUAGCAAGUACUCCACUGCAGGGUCUCUCCAGGGGCUGGCCUUCUCCUGAACUAUAUCUGGCAUGAUUGUUCCCCCCAUGUGAAAGAAUUGCCUUGAAGAAUUUUAUUAAUGAAGAGGUUGAAUUCUGCUUCAGAGAGAAUCUGAUACAAGUCCCAGAGUGGAACUUUUUACUCAGGCCUUUUUAAAAAUAAAAAAGAAAUAAAGAAGGAUCUUACAAUAACUGCAGAUUUUUAAACAAAACAAAAAUCACCAUCCUUGCAAAUACUGAAAUUAACAAUCUACAAUUGCAAGGUGUUGAUUCAAGUUGUCCAUCCCAAAUACCUGGGAAAUAUAUUUAUUGUAUGUUGAUAAAAAAGAAAUUCACUUUUUUUUUUUUUUUUUUUGGGGGGUGGGGGCUUGCCUUUAUUUCCUUCUGGUUUUUUUGUGGUUUUUUUUUAAGGCUUGAUUUAACUCAACACCAUUUGUCUUUUAUAAAUCAUACAAUUACACAAGGGACACUAGAGAUGGAACUCCACAUUUUUAAUUUAUGAAUUUUUUUUUUUUUAAAGCUGUGUAAAGAAAAAUGGAGUGGUGUCAUUUACAUACAAGUCUGUAUGGGACAGAAUAGAAGUGCCAGUUAGUUUUUCGUAGAAGAAUUAUGGCCAUUUAAUUAAGGGUCGGCUCAUAUAUGUUGCUUAUCCAGUGGUGACUUGAUAAUAUGAUGCAUUUUUAAUGUUCUAAAUAAAUAGGUAUCACUCCCUAGAAAGCUGAUAUUUUUGGAUGAUGAGGGUGGGAUGAAGAGUGGGAUAAGGAACCUCUGUCUCUAAUAUCAGGCUGAAUAAUUGUGUAAAUAAUGCGACAGGAAAAGUUCAUCAUAGGACGCCGGGUUGGAAGGGGGCCCAAAGGUCUAACCUUUUUCAGCAAAGAGCUGGUGAAAGGGAAGGUAGGGAUGCAAACACAUUGCUCUUGAACCGAAAAUCCAGUGCCUCUAGAUAUGAUGCUAAAAGUGCAGAAUUAGACGAGCACAGCUCUCUCUUUAGCUGACGUGUCAGGCUCCUUCCAGAGGCGCAGCUUGAGACGCCGCUCGGAUGUGGCCUGAGGACACAGACUGUGGCCAACCCUGUAGGGUUUUUCAGUGUAGCACUUCUCCCCUCGACCUAUUUUCAUGGGGCAGGAUGAGAACAACCCCGGCUGCCAUUCCCCAUCCUCCCCCACUAAAAGCACAGGUUGCGUCAGCCUCCCACUGGGAUCGUUCCUGUAUCAGUCGACCCUCUCAGCCUGUAUCAUACUUUAUAAAGCAACAGGUAACUGCUUUUGAAUAGUGAACGGAAACAUGAGGUUAGGGGAGGGUGGGAGGGGUUGUUAGGAAGGUUUCAAAUCAAAACCAUAGCUUCUGUUUUACAAAAAAUUUUGCUAUCAUUAUCUGGGAAGUGUUCUUAAAAACUAUUAGUCAAAGAGGCAGCAAAGCUCUGAAGAUGCAUUACCUGAUAUUUUUUCUUUGCUGUUGUGUUUUGUAUGUAGUUAUAAAUACUGUAGAUUUUUUGUGAUUUUUUGCCAAAGUUGUUGUUCUAUUUAUACAUUUUAAUGUCUUAAGACAGUUUUUCAAUAUCACAAAAAAAAAAAAAAAAAAGAAUUUUACUGCAUAUUUUGCAAAAAGAGCUCACUACCUUUAGCUUGCACAUACUUGCAAAUUAAUUAAAGAAAAAAAAGCUUUUUGUUUCUGUUUUUUGUUUGUUUGUUUGUUGGGGGAUUUUGUAAAAUAUCCAUAUAAAUAAUGUAUUUAUCUUUGGAAUUUGUACAUUGCUUUUUGUCCCCUACAAGUUUAUUUUAUUGUGUAUGUUUGCUAUGUGAAAAGUGCUGAUUUGUUUGGUCAUUCACCGUUGUAUUAGCUGUUUAAAUGUGAUUUUAAUACAUUUCAUUUAUAGGGUUGAUUUUUUUAGUAUUGUUUAAAACCAUGCUUCCAUUUUUUUUUUUUUUAAUUUCCACCCAAAAGCCAUUGUCUAUUUUUGUAUUAUUUGUAAGUUAAGAAGUUUUUUCCAAUAUAUGGCAAAAGGUAGCAUAUUAUUCUUGUAGCAUUUAGUUAUGUAGAUUUUAAAAAAAAAUGUAUCCUUUGCUUUUGAGGCUUAACAAAAACUAAUGCUGUUUUACUCUAUUAAUAUGCAUGGGAUUUCUCCUCUUUGGAGUGACGCAUUUUUGUGCAUUAAAUAUGGGGAGAAACUUCAUAGAACUCAAUGAAAAUACUUUCUUUCUUAAGUCUGCUUGUAUAUUUCUCUGUCUUUCACAUAAAUAUAAACCAGCAGAUUGGAUGCCUUAACAAUGCAAAUCAUAUUCAUUUCACUUGUACAUUGUACUGUGCACCAGAACUGUCAAUCAUCACUAACAUUCUAAGAAAAAAAAAAAAAAAGGAAUUGAAAAGCACAAAAGAACUGUUUUGUUACCUUAAAACAAUAUAACUUUUUUCUAGUCAAGCAAGAAAUCAUUUACAACGAUGCUGCAACUGUGCAUGCUUCCUGUAUGAAUUUUGCAAUGGUUUUCACUAGAAUGUCACAGUGUGAUCUUUGGGGGGAAGGGAAGAAAACAGGAUUUUUUUUUUUUUCAUGGUGAGAAAAUAAAAGAAGAGAAAACUGGAAAAUGUGA